AUAACCCUUGUUUUUUUUUUUUUCUUAUUCUACAACUUGCCAGUAGCACCUUGUGUGUCAACAUGGUCAUGUUGGCAUACUCCUGUGCCGGCAAAUCCACCGGGGUUCAACUGGCAUUCUCUGCUGCAAUAAUCUACGACUUCUGGUUCGGAGGCCUGGCUGCUUUCACCAGCGACGAAUCCUGGGGAUGUUUGUCCGAUGGGAGGGAGGUUUUAACGGAUCCCUCUGUCGAACCAGCAUUAACAACAUGCGUCAAAGCGGCAACAGCGUAAAGAGUUUUGAUAUACAUUGUUUUAAAGAGGAAUAAAGGACGGUGCUGCAAAGAACUUUAAUUUUGGGGUGGAUUACAAUAACGGUGCAACGUUCUAAGACAUAAGGAUUGUUGGAAUAUAGUAGAUGCAGAUGUGAAAGCAGUCCUAAGAUUAGUCCAGCAAGUGGUUUAUACAUGAUCGAUAUUGU